UGGCGUGAGUAGCGACUGUGAAAGGGGAGCUAUCAGGUCUAACUCCCUCGGUUAUCAUUUUAAAGUAAAGAUUUAAAACUUCUCUAGGAUAAAUUCGAGAAUACGCGAUGAUAAUAGAAUUCCAUGCGUCCAUGCCUCUUUGAGUUAAUUUGUCGAAUAUGUGGCGGGCGGAAACGAUGUCGCAAAUGUGCGCAUAUGACACGAUAAUGCGACCAACGGAAUUCGAGUUGGCGGAGAAACCAGUUGUGAGCUGGAGAGCGUGGAUUUGAGCAAAUGGAGAGGUUUGAGGCAAUUAGGCCAUUUAUGAAUUACUAGACGUAAAAAAACCUCCGCUUGAUUGCUGCGUCCAUACCUGCAGGAGUUGCAUCAAGUAAAUAAGAAAUGAAAAUGGAUUUAAAAGUUUUUCGAAAUGGAUUUUGGAUUUUCUAUCGCUAUUGGUUAUUAGCUUUUUUAACCCCAUAUCAUCCCAAAAAAAAAAAAGCCUUCUUUUUCUUUAUCAGAGAAUUCUUAAUCAAUUUCCAUGAGUUCUUGUUAAAAAACAGAUCCUCAUGGUUUGCUGACAGUUGAUGGGUAACGUAAGUUUCCCACUUGCUCACCCACAGCCACAGUUUUCCUAAGUGACAGCGAAGUGGACAAGAACCAAUUCUCCUACCUACCCAAUUGUCCAAUUGGCCGAGGCUUUUGUGAAUGUAACACUGCCAUAAAGUCAAAUGGACAAAGCAAAUAUUCUACUGUGUUUAGAUUCCAUGACUGUGGUCUUAAGUAGUUGCGGAGCCUUGGUUUUGUUCUUGACAUUUUACUGCGUUCUUUAAGUCUAGAAGGUGAAAAACUUUAACAUGGAAGAUCGAGAAGGAAGCAAAAAUUUGCCGAAGCUGCCUAUACCAGGGAAAAGAAACAUACUCACCACAAGCGCCUUGCCUUAUGUCAAUAACGUUCCUCACCUUGGCAAUAUUAUUGGCAGUGUUUUAAGUGCUGAUGUUUUUGCUCGUUAUUGCCGUCUCCAAGGCUACAAUGUUAUAUUCAUAUGUGGAACUGAUGAAUAUGGGACAGCUACUGAGACUAAAGCUAUGGAGGAAAACUGUACCCCUCAGGAAAUUUGUGACAAAUAUCAUGCAAUUCAUAAAGCAGUCUAUGACUGGUUUGAUAUAAGUUUUGAUGAGUUUGGGCGCACGUCAACUCCUCAGCAAACUGAGAUUUGCCAAGCAAUUUUCAAGAAGCUGAUGGAGAACAAUUGGCUUUCUGAGAACACAAUGCAGCAGCUUUACUGCGAUACAUGUGAGCGUUUCCUAGCAGACCGGUUUGUUGAAGGCACCUGCCCAACACCAGGGUGCGAUUAUAAUUCUGCACGGGGGGAUCAAUGUGAAAAGUGUGGAAAACUUUUGAAUCCAACAGAACUUAAAGAUCCGAGGUGCAAAGUAUGUCAGACAACUCCAAGGAUUUGUGACACUGACCAUUUGUUUCUAGAGCUCCCAUUACUGAAGGAUAAAUUGAAAAACUAUAUUGAUGAGACUUCAGUAAUAGGAUCUUGGAGCCAAAAUGCUAUUCAAGCUACAUAUGCAUGGCUUAGAGAUGGACUUAAACCUCGCUGCAUUACUCGGGAUCUUAAGUGGGGGGUUCCUGUUCCACUUGAAAAAUUCAAAGAUAAGGUCUUCUAUGUUUGGUUUGAUGCACCUAUUGGAUAUAUAUCUAUUACUGCAUGCUAUUCACCUGACUGGGAGAAGUGGUGGAAGAACCCUGAACAUGUGGAGCUCUAUCAGUUUAUGGGCAAGGAUAAUGUGCCGUUCCAUACUGUCAUGUUUCCCUCUACACUUCUCGGUACUGGAGAAAACUGGACUUUGAUGAAAAGCAUUAGCGUUACAGAAUAUCUAAACUAUGAAUCAGGAAAAUUCUCCAAGAGCAAGGGCAUAGGAGUUUUUGGCAAUGAUGCGCAAGAUACAGAGCAGCCUGCUGAAGUCUGGCGAUACUAUUUGCUGGCAAACCGGCCAGAGAUCUCAGACACGAUAUUUACAUGGGAGGACUUUCAAGCAAAGUUAAAUUCCGAGUUGAUAAAUAAUUUAGGCAAUUUUAUACAUCGAGUAUUGAGCUUCAUUGCCAACACUUCAGGAAAAGGAUAUGAAACUAUCAUUCCUGAUGCUCCAGGGGCAGAUUCACAUGUCUUGACAGUAGCAUUGGCAGAAAAAGUUGGUUACCAUGUGGAUCAAUAUGUAAAAUCCAUGGAGCAGGUUAAGCUAAAACAAGGAUUGAAAUGUGCAAUGAACAUUUCUGGUGAAGGGAACGCGUAUCUGCAAGAGAGCCAAUAUUUUAGGAUGUUCGAGGAAGAUCAAGCUUCCUGCUCUAUUGUUGUGAAAACUUCUGUGGGGCUUGUCUAUCUUCUUGCAUGUUUAUUAGAACCUUUCAUGCCAUCAUUUUCCCAUAAGGUGUUCAAGUUGCUUAAGCUGCCUCCUGAAACAACAUUUUCACUGUCUGAAAAGAAAGAUCUUGAGAGGGCACAAAAGCCCUGGGAACUUAUUCCUGCUGGUCAUAAAAUAGAGAAGCCAUAUCCGUUAUUCAAGAAACUGACAGAUGAUGAGGUGAAAGUCUUCAAGGCCAAGUUUGCUGGAAGUCGGGGAGCUGAUAGAGAAAAGAUAGAGGCAGAAGCUAAGAAGAUGGCUGAGAAAUUGAAGAAAACACAUAUUUCUGAAUCCAAAAACUGAUUCCCAUAAAUUUUUUCAUCAUCUCAUUCUGCUGGACUAUGUUUCGAUGAUGAUUAAAUUUUGUAAAUAGCUAUUAUGGCUGGUCACAAGUGAUUAACUGUAGGCAGAAAAUCCUUGUCUUUGAGCCUUUGAGGCAUGAUGAACACCAUCUUUAAAGUAUUAAUUGCACUCGCUAGUUAAUGCCUAUAUCUUAUGACCUACAACUAACAAUAAUUGCAGACUAUUUAGAAGAACUCGUGUAUGAAUUGAUAUGAUAUUUGAGAGAAAAAUAAAUGAGAAAUGAAUGUUUAUACCCA